AUGGCAUCCUAUCUCAGUGGACUCCACCUAGAACUCCACAGCUUAAUGAUGUCUUCGAAAAUAUGGGUUUGUCCGGCUUAUGUCAAGAAGCAAGAUAUUGACAAGCUAGACACUAUAUCAAAAAUUUGUAGAUUCAUUGGAUAUCCAAAUGAAACUUUAGGAUACUACUUCUACCAUCCAAAUGAACAAAAGGUGUUUGUUCCAAGAUCUGCAAGAUUUCUUGAGAUUAAUUUUGCAUUGGAUGGCACCUGUGUGCAAAAGGUUGAGCUCAAGGAAGAGUCUAGAAAGCCUCAUGAAGCUGAAAUAGAGUCUGAUCCAGUUGACAAUCUGGUCCCCUUACCCACACUCACCCAACCUCCACGUAGGUCUGAAAGGAUCAGUAAAGUACCUAAUAGAUAUCUAGGCUCACACCAUGUUCUUCUCAUGGGAGAUGACAUGGAAUAUCCUGAAACCUACAUGAAGGUAAUGUUGGACAUUGACUCAAAGAAAUGGCAGGAAGCCAUAAAAACUGAGAUGAAUUCUAUGUAUGCCAACUAA